AAAUCUCAAGACAGAGAUACAGUCAUGUUUGCAAUUCUUCUGAUUGUGUCAAUGUUUAGCCAAGGUCUCACAAUAGUGAGCUACGGUAACAGUUUCAUCACAGCAAUUCCAGAAAGCAUAGGUUACUUUUAUCCAAACACUUCAAGUAGACUGAGAGUCACCGCCCUCCUUGAUGGCACUUCUGUCAACAUCUUCUACAAUGGCGGCAAAACACCAACACAGACGAUCCCAAACAUGCAGAAGGGCCAAACCGCAGUUGUUACGCUUCAAAAAUCUGCUGAAGUAUAUCAACUCGACUACUCCACUAAAUCUAUCCGAAUCACCAGUAACAAAUACAUUGUAGUACAUUCUGUCACUAAUACAGAUGGCACAGUUAAUGAAAAAAGUUACCAGACCAAUGUUGUUCAACCUAAUGAAAAUCUCGACACACAUUAUUUGAUCCCCUCUCUGAACUACACAAACCUUGUCACAACAUUCGGCAUAUCUCAGUCAGCCUUCUGGUCCAAAAGAUACGGCUCAUUCAAACUGGUGAUCAUCAAUGCUGAGGACACAGAAAACAGUAUCACGAUAGUUAAGAACAUAUCAGGGAGCAUUCAAUUAGUAAAAUUCACGAUCCCAUCAUACCAGCUCAUCCAAUUGCAGGCCAAUGCUUCACUGAUGAUGGUUAACUCGAGUAGUAAAAUAGCUGUGCUGCUAACUCACCCGUGUCUAGAUAAACCAGACUGUACAUGCAGCAUGAUAGUCAAUCAGAUUCUUCCUGUGAGAUUUCAGGGGCAAAACUUUGUUGUGCCCUCAUUUCCAGGUAUAACCCAACGACAGUUAUUUACGACAUCACGUGACAAGACAAGCUCGCUCUCUCAAAACAAUAAUCAAUUAACUCCUAGUUCAUCAGGGUUCCUGUCACUUUCAGAUCUGAACACCCAGUAUGUAACCGCGUCGAGUAACGUGUCCCUCAGAAUGAUCAUUUCAGGAAAUUUAAUAGAAUUGAUCCCAGAAAACAUGUUUGCUUCCUGCUACAUGCUACAGCUUUAUUCAACCACCCGGAAAGCACUUGUGAUAGCUAAAACUAACGAAAUAAAUGAUGUGCGUGAAGGUCCAAACCCACUUCAAAACCCUGACUGGACUGCAGUUCCUAACUCAGUAUACUCUUCAACUGAAGUGACUUUCUUAGCCAAAACAACCACUAUCUGGCAUCGAAGCUCAAAGAUUGCUGUUUACAUACUAGAUGCUCUCUGGACAGGCCCAGCUAUACCAAUAAAUGAAAACCCAGAUUCAUCUGGCUGUAUGCUUCCUGGAGAGUUUGAAGUCGGAGAUCAGCCUCUUAAAUGGACUGAGUCCCUGGCAUAUUGCACAAACUCUGGAAGAGAAUUUGCCUGUCCUACAAAGGAAAACCUCCAGAUGGAGUUGGCCCAGCAGGUUACCACAAGAAAUGGGGAGGGUUGGAUCGGUCUACGCCGUAGUCUAAUGACUACAGAGUGGCACUGGCAAAUGAACACAACGCCAACAUAUGUAGAUAAUGUUGACUGGGAUAACUGGGAUCCACAGAACAACAUGAUGGGAUUUUGUGCUUCAUUGUCACUGGAUGGUAAAAAUGAUUUCAAAUGGAAAAGUGCACGCUGCUGUGAGAAAAAGCUUCCUGUGUGCUACAAACGCCCAAUAACAUUUGCUCCUUUAUCUUGGGACAAUGGUGGAGACAUAAGUUACAAUCAAGUGAAGAUUUAAUGCAUCUCAAAUAUAUCACAGUGUGUUCUUAAUAACCAUCUGUUGUCUUUACUCAUCAUGAAAAAUACAUUUGUAAUGCAUGUAUUAAGAUAUGGGUUGUCUGUGAGCUUCAAGUAAUGUCUGACUUAGCAUCCAGACAUUAAACAUACAGUAGAUUAGUAGUUUGAAAUGUAAGC